UAUUCGUCCACGAAUAGUAACUUACACUGAACCGUUUCACCUCAUUGGCUCUCCCUGAGCAACCCUACCGCGAACCUGCGCGCGACUAACAUCGCAUCUGCCGCCGAAAACCCCGCUAUGGAUCGAUUGCCCAAUGAGUUACUCACUACAGUAUUGGAACUUACUGUCUCUACCGAUACAUCGGUCUUCGACAUCUCGAAGCCUCCGUGGACCACCGGCUACGUCUGCCGCCGAUGGCGAAACCUCUCAUUAGGUGUUGGCGCCCUCUGGCGUAACAUCACGAUCAACAUUAGCGAAUGUAGUGCUAGUCCGUUCAGUGGCCAGAUGCGAACCCUGGAGACCUUCCUCGCUCGCUCCCGGAAUCAAGGCCUUUUCGUCCGCAUCAAGGGAUCAGAGAAUAUCUCAGAAUUUGCCUUUUGGAGAAUUCUCCAGAAGUCUUGUCGCAUUCAGGAUCUCGAGGUCGAGCUCUGCAUAGAAAGCUUCAACCUCUUCAGGUACCUCGACAACCCAUUCCCUUUCCCGUCCUUGCAAAACCUUGUCGUCAAAAACUCCUCUUCGCCCGUCCACGGUAGCCCCCACGGUGUGUUCCGAGAUUUUUUAACUGUAGCGCCCCAGUUACGCAAAGUCGUCUUCGGAGAGGGCUUCGGUUGGGACGGACAUAUGAUAGUGGCCCGUUGUCUACCGGCUGCUCAGUUAGUCGACAUAGAAAUUCAUGACGACAUGGAUCCCACCGAGUCCUGUCUCUCGAUUCUCAAGUCUUGUCCCCAACUGCGCAGCUUAUGCCUUCCCAGGGUCACUUCCGACUGCGAGAAGAGCAUGUUCCCCGAUCCAGUCCGUCACGACAAUCUGACGUCGCUGACCAUACGAUGCGACUGGACCGUCCCGGGCGAGGACGAGGACGAGGACGAUACCUCCAGUAUUUUCGACUUCAUCGCACUCCCUUCGUUGUCGUCCUUGAUCUUCAAAUCAGAUUGGAGCAUGAACCUUCUGUCCUUCGUCGGGGCUCUGGCACCCCCUGUCAUCCAAUCUUUCAUCGCGCGCUCAUCAUGCACGAUCCGACAUCUCCGCAUCGACUCUACUGUCACCCUAUUUGAAUACUUCUGCGACUUCCUUGCCGUCGUCCCGCUACUCGAAGUCCUAGAGUAUCGACCAUCGGAUCCUAUGAGACUCCCGACACCAUUCAUGGACUCUCUCGGUGACUCCUUUAUGCACAUGCUGCAUUAUGACCCCGAUGAGGAUAAUACACGAAUUCUCCUUCCUCAACUCAAGACCCUAAUCAUGGAGGACUGCCACAACUUCGGAAAGGAUUCGUUUUUCCCCUUCAUGGUUGAGAGCCGAUACGGCCUUCGCGAUGGAUCGGAGGUUGCCAAUUUGGAGAAAGUCUCGUUUAUAGUGGAAGAUGACUUAGGACCGGAUGGAAUGGACGCUCUGACAAGUCUUAUGAUUCGGGGAUUGGAUGUGCGACUUAAAAGGAGGCUCUGGGAGAAUGAGAAAGAGGGAAUAGAGGCAAUCAAUCCAGCGAAGUCCUUGAUUCAUUCAAUCGUGCAAGUUCUGCCUAGUCUUGGAUGAUCUUCCACUUAGCUUAAAAAUUGUAUAAACAGGUGGGAUGUACAGCUCGUACCUAGUUGGUAGGCCACCG